GGACAUAAAUGCAGCAAAAUAUUGUAAAUUUUUAAAACAUUUUUUUAACAAUUGUGGUACAACCAAGCUAAUAGUAGCCACACAUAGCCAAAAUUCAAUCAAGAUAGAUUCAAUCAUUAGUUAGCCAACCCCUACCGUGUCUGUCUCUGGCUAACUGUCCUUGACUGCCCUGUCCUGCCUUGACUGUCCUCACUGUCUAUCUAUAAAAAAAAGUCAAUCAAAUGGAGAGCAGUACCGGUAUGGAAGUGAAUCCGUCGGCCAACUUUGCUUCGGCACUCUAUCCGGAAAACGAAUCGUUCUGGAAGUUUAGGACCCGUUUCGAGAAACUCCUACUACUGGUGGUCAUCAUUGUGUUCAUACUGUGUUCAUCGUUGAUUGCAUUGAUGAUUAUAGUGAUCAGCCGGGCCUUCACCGGCAAAGGUAUAAUAGAUCUCAAUCAUAAUAGUAGUAGUCAUAGCACCGGUAGCCAUAGUGGAUGCGAUAUGGCUACCGUUCCUAUUAUUGAUAAUAAUAAUGUGGGCUUCAAUUAUGACAAUACAAUGUUUGUUUCCUCCGAUUCAUUAAAUGCCACAACAAAAGUAUGCCUAACGCCUGGCUGUGUGAGAGCCGCAUCCGACAUAAUUAAUUUGAUCGACGAAAGUGUCAGUCCAUGCGAUAACUUUUACAAGUUUGCUUGCGGUGGUUGGAUACAUAAGACUACCAUUCCCGAUGAAACUGGCCAUAUGUCCAUAUUUGAACAGUCCAGGGAAAGAUUGGACAUACAGCUAAAAGACCUAGUUGAAAAAUCCAAUGAAUCAAUGCCAGCUAUUGUUACAAUGAGAAAUAUGUACAAGUCAUGUAUGAACAUAUCUGCCAUUGAAAACUAUGGCGCCGAUCCAUUGCGAGACCUACUAAAAGAUUUGGGCGGCUGGCCAGUGGUCACGGGCGACAAAUGGGAUAACGGGACCUUCGAGUGGAUUCGGGUUACCGAACAGAUUCGGCAAUUGGGUUUCAGGGCCGACAUGUUUGUCCAGUUUAAGGUCAUCGCCGAUGUGCUCAAUAAUACCAAAAAAGUUUUAUUUUUAGAUGAGGCAACAUUGGGACUACGGCGCCAAAUAUUGACACUGGGACCCAAUAAUACAGUAGUCAAAGUCUACCAUCAGCUGAUGGUCGACACAGCCAUACUGAUGGGCGCACAGAACAGGACCCGAAUCGAUGAAGAGAUGUGGGAUGUGGUGGCAUUGGAGGCACAAAUCGCUGAGGCUACCCAUGAUCCGGCACAGGGCGAAAAAAAGCAGAGCUGGUAUCUACACCUAAAAGGGUUCGUCGAUGUGGCCAAUCAGUCACAAGUAUUGGCCACCAAUCAGACCCGUAUGGGCUACGAUUGGGUACGUUUGGCCAAUUCGGUACUACAGCUGAACGAAACGAUUGGGCACACAGAGGUGGUUAUGGUAGACAAUCUGUCCUAUAUGGGACAUGUCGACUAUAUUAUCAGCUAUGUUAACAAACAUGAGAAACGACUUAUGGCAAACUAUAUGCUCUGGAGGGUAGCCCUACAGGCACUGUCUACCGGCAGCAAAGAGAUGCGCGACAUGAAAGACAAUCUUCAUCGACAUCUCUAUGGUAUUACCGAAAAGAUUGCCCGCUGGAAGACAUGUCUGUCCCAAUUGACCGGUUCGCUAUCGAUGGCACUGUCCUCUCUAUACAUCAAACACUAUUUCAAUAGUACACUCAAACAACGGUCGUCCGAAAUGGUCAACUAUUUGAGAGCCGAAUUCGAUGAGAUAUUAGAUAAAAACGAUUGGAUGGACGACAUAACCAAACACAAUGCCUUCAAAAAGUCGCGGGCCAUGAAAGCGGUGGUCGGCUAUCCGCACCAGUUGGCCAACGAUUCGCUGGUCAACGAUCACUAUAAAACGUUGAACCUAACCGAUGAUAACUUUGAUCUGAAUAUACGUCGGCUGAGAUCGUGGGCACAGAAACGGGAGUACGAAAAGCUCCGGGCGGUCAACGAUCCACAAGAUUGGCGUAACUUUGCUAACAGUGCAAACGUAAACGCAUUUUACUGGUCACAGGCCAACGCCAUUGUCAUACCGGCGGGUAUAUUGCGGGACGUUUUCUACGACAACGAUCGGCCACAGUAUAUCAACUUCGGGACCAUCGGCUAUAUUAUUGGCCACGAGAUUACUCAUGCUUUCGACAAUGUUGGCGCACAAUUUGAUGAAAUAGGUAACGCAAGGAACUGGUGGAAAAACGAGACCCGUUCCCAUUAUAAUACGAAAGCCCAGUGUAUGAUCAAACAGUACAGCAACUAUGAUCUGGAUAUGGGCUCAGGUAUGAAAAUAAACGGCGAUCUGACACUCAAGGAAAACAUUGCCGAUAACGGGGCUCUCAAAGAGUCCUAUAAUGCCUACGAAAAAUAUGCCGACAAAAUUGGAGGGGAACUUAAACUGCCGGGUCUUAAAUAUACGCCCAAACAAUUGUUUUGGAUCAGCGCAGCCAUGAAUUGGUGCUCGAAGUCAUCGCCGGAGAUGUUUAAGACACGGCUGGACACCGAUACUCAUAGUCCAUCACAGGCCAGAGUCAAUGUAGCGCUCGGUAACUUCAAAGAGUUUGCCCAAAGUUUUGACUGUAAGCCCGGUUCCUAUAUGAACCCUAACCCAAAACACCGGUGCACUGUUUGGUGAUGUACUGUACUAUACUAUACUAUAUACAGUAGCUUAUGUA